GAUGCUCUCGGGCGAGUUUACCUCUGACGUCUACUUCCGCGUGACCUCACGUCCAGGUUGGAAUUGAGGAAGGCGGCAGAUUUGAAGACCUGUGUUGCAGGGAGGAGAAAAAAUAAAUACUGGUUCAAAUGGAUAACGUGAGACAAAAAGGUGUGUUUGAUCACCUGAUGAUCUUAGAGAGGACGGAAGCUGCAGGACAUCAGGACUCUGAUGUCCUGGAGGAACUUCGUACAACAGCAGCAACACUUCGUGCCAAAAGAGACCGAAUCAGGAGGGAAACAUCAGCCAUAAAGAAUCUGAAAGAUAAAAUGGACCAGGGGCUGCUGCUGGAUGAAGCAAGUGAGGAAAAAAUUGAACAAUAUCUGCUGAUGUCCCAGCGUAUGCAAUUCAAGGAUCUUCAAACUGCUCAUCGACUCAUUGCUGGAUACAACUUGGUAGAGAGCAAACAAGGCAAAAGUGUGUGUGUGUCAUUUCACACUGCCUUUGAAGGUGUUUGCCUGGAAACCUAUUACAUAGAGGCAGACCUUACCCGCAAGGUGCAGAUCAGUCGUCAUAACAUCCCUCCAUUUAUCCCACUGGAGAAACUCGCCAAGGAAAACCUACAGACUGAUUUUAAAGGCUUUCUCCAAACACUCAACCUAUACCUCAAUGGUUUAGCUGGCCGCAAACAGCAGAUUUACCUCACUGAGGAACUUGGGACAGUAGAAGUCCUUGAGAAAAAUCAAUUGUGCAACUUUCUUGCCCUCAUGUGCAAAGCCCCAGCAGAGAGCGAUGAGGCCGUUCUGUGCACGCUGGAGUACGGUGACCUCACCCGAUGUCUCCCUACUCACGUUACCAUUGACAGUGAAAAUAAAACACUAAUAGAAUCUCCACAGUGGAAGGAUAAUCAAGUGCUGCUCAUGGAGACUCCAGUUCACAGUGCCCUUUUGACCAUGAGAAAACUGGGAAGCAUUUCAUGAACACAGCAGAAACCGAUUCAAAAGACUAUUAAUAUUUACACAGUCCUUCGAUUUUACUUUCACACCAGUCUUUCAAUAACGGGUGUGGCAUUUUUCAGCUUUUUGGAAAAAUUAAGCUAAUUUGUAGCAGCAUGUAACUGCUGAGGUUUAGGGACAAGAGGGAUGUGAAGUAUUAAGGGUAAUAAUAAAAGCAAAUGGAAGGUGAGUGCCCGCACAUUCUGAGAGAAUCAAAGGCAGCAAAAAAGUUUGUACAUAUUAUAGUAUAUUAAUCUUUAUAUAUAUAUAUAUAUAUAUAUAGUGUGGUUAAAUUGUUUCUAAUGUCCUGAAGAAAAUCUGCAUUUUAUGUUGCAAUUUUUCUCUGUACAGUCGUUUCAGACUUUCCUUCUUUAGCCUCCUCUGUUGUUCUUGGAUUGCCAGCUCUUUUUGGGAAAUGCUGUCAAUCAAGGCCAAGUCUUUUAGAUACAUGAUAGAGAACUGUUCCGAUUGAGAAGUCUUUGGCCGUGCAGACGAGGCUGAUUUCAGGAGCUUUGUUCCUAGCAGCUGUUCACUUUGAUUUGAAAGUGCUUCAUUAGAAAACAUCCUCAAUCCUGCUGGGGCUGAGUUUGGAUGCCAGACAUGAUGAAGAUCGCUGUUUGUCAUUCUUGUCUCUGAUAUAGCUCUCAUUGUGUUAAUAAGAGUUGCACGAGGUUCACAGACUCUUAAAUGCAGUAACUUUUUGUGUUCUUUCAGCAGGCAUUCUCUGUCUUGAUAAAGCAAUUUGAGAUCCAAUUUGUAUCUUCUGUGAAUUUGUUCCAGUUUCCACUGAAGAUCAAUGUCUUCUUUGUGAUUCUUUAGCCGUGCAUCAAUAUACAGCAAAUGAUUAGAUUUUCUAAAGUUUGUCUUUGAAGUCAUACAUCUUGAAAUGUUAUCCUGAAGCACAAGAGAAAAGGGGCUUGAAAUGAUUACAUGUUGUACUUAAUAUUUUAGAAAGGUUGGACUACAUAUGAAAAAAUAAAUAAACAAAUAAAAUAAUCAGUGUAAAAUGA